UCCGAUGGCAUCGUCAGCUAUGCCAUUGGUCCUUGUUCCAAAGUUUGUUGGUUAUCCAGUUGCAAUAGUGGUUCAUUACUGUUCCAGCGUGCUAAGAAUAACACUCUUCUUGUCGCGAAACAACGUUCGCAACAUCCUCGCCCUGUGCCUGCGCGUUCAAUCUUUUACACUUUGACCAUGGUUUCUAAUCAAUGGUAGCAUCUUGUGCAUAGUAAUGCCAAACUGAAGUAAUCCUGCGAGCUGCAAAUGACUGCGAUGAGCCAGGGCGGAGUGAACGCCGCGCCUGCGCUCGGGCAGGUUGCCGUAACUGUUGAAACAGACGCAUACGGUGAUGUCAGUGUGUCUGGCGCGCCGGCUUCAUCGGCAGCGGGGCUCAAACCGCUGCCACCCACACCACAAGCGGCGUCCGCUAUGAGCUGGCGACGACGGUGGCUAAACAUCCUGGGGUUGUCCAUGGGAUGGUGCCUGCAGGUCUCCAUCAUCUUCAUCCAGCUCUCCACCUCCACCCUCGCCGCACGUGCCUACGGCGGCGACGCCGUGUCCACCCUCCCCGCCGGAAUCAUGAUGGCAGCAGCCACCCUCACCGCCACCCCCGGCACCCUCCUAAUGCGAACCAGGGGUCGGCGGGUCGUCAUGCUCGCCCCCGGGCUCGCCGCCGUCGUUGGCGCUGGCCUCAUGGCGGUUGCCGCCAACUACCAACUGCUGUGGCUGUUGGUGGUUGGCAGCAUUCCGUUGGGCGUGUCGUUCGCUCAGGCGAACAACCUGCGGUUUGCGGCCCUGGAGUUUGCGCCGGCGGGCUCGGAGCCGCAGGCGCUGUCGCUUGUGGUGACGGGGGCGGUGCUGGCGGCGGUGGCUGGGCCGGAGGUGGCGAGGCACACACGCAACGCCAUGGAUCCGGCCUAUGUCGGGACCUACAUCUACAUGACGGGGCUGGCCGUGUUGUACGUGGUGCUGGUGUGCGUGCUGGAGUUCCACCGCACGCCGGAGCUGGUGGAGGAGAAGGCCGCCGCGGCGGCGGCCGCAGCCGCAGAUAAAGCCGCCGCGGCAGAUGCGGCUAAAGCCGCCACACGCCUGAACAAGGCGGGCACGGCGCUGUCGCAGAGCAGCGACAGCAGUGACGCCAGCGACAGCGACCCUUCUGGCACUGCGGCCGCAGGGCGGCAACAGCGGCAGCGCCAGCGGUCGCCGCUAGCUGUAGCAGACGCAUCAGGUGCCGCCACGCCCAGCACGGAGCCUGCUGAACCAGCAGCGGCCCUGGCCGUGCCGCCACAGCCGCCGCCGCCGCCGCAGCCCCAACACCCCCAGCACCCGCACCCUCUUCCUCCGCACCCUUCUCUUCCUCCUCCGCAGCCGCCGCCGCCGCCGCCGCAGCAGCACCGGCCGCUGCGUGCGCUGUUCCUGACGUCUGGCUACCUGGUGCCUGCGGCGACGGCGGCUGUGGCGUACGGCGGCAUGGCUGGCCUCAUGACGGCCAGUCCACUGGCGCUCAAGGACUCGGGGUUCGACUUUGGCGAGACCACACAGGUGAUCCAGGUGCACAUCCUGUGCAUGUUUGUCCCCUCGCUGUUCACGGGCCACGUGAUCCAGCUGGUCAGUGCGCGCUGGACCAUGGCGCUGGGGGCGCUGCUGCAGCUGGGCGGCAACGCGGUGUUCUUCGCGGGCCGCUCCCUGGGCAUCUACUUUGCCGGCAACGCCGUGGUGGGUCUGGGCUGGAACUGGGCGUAUGUGGGCGCGUCGGCGCUGGUGGCCGUGUCCUACCAGCCGCAGGAGAAGUUCCUGGCGCAGGGCGUUCUUGACUGCGGUGUGCUGUUGGCAACGGGCAUUGCGGUGGUGCUAGCGGGCGUGCUGUAUGCUGGCAUCGGCUGGACGUCCUACAUAAGCUUGUUCAUGGGAGUGAAUGGGUUCAUGGUGGCGAUGGAUGUCUGGCUGCUGCUGCGGCUGGAGCUUCCCCGGGUGGCGGCGGCCAUGAGGCGCGGCAGAGUAUGAAGCACGACAGCGCGUAGCAGGAGGGAUGGGCGUAGCGAGCUUAAGGACCUGGAAGCGGCGGAAUGUUAGGGUUAUUGCUUAAGAAACGAAUGUGAUAUGACAUAACAACAAAGUAAUGUUGGCGGUGGGUGUGAAGCGGGAAGGGCCUACGUGUGCCUCCUGAGCUUACGUGCUGGCGGGUGUCCUAUCGGCAAUCUGGGGUGGACGUAAGUCCUAUGUGAGCCUGUUUAUGGGCGUGAACGGUCUGAUGGUAGCCAUAGAUGCUUAGCUGCUGAGGCGGCUGGAGUUGCAGGCAGCAGCAGCUCACGGCGAGCGAGGGGGACCACGUGCGUGGAUUCGAGAGUGUAUAUGGGACAUGAAAAGUGUCACGGGUCGGUGACUGGGAAGUGGGAGGUCGAGGUAGGCGUCAGGUGGGCCUCAGGUAGCCCGCUGCCGUGACGGAUUCUUUUCUUCAUCCUUAACCGUCAUGCUUUCGUCGAGCGCGUGUAGCGAGUGUUUGAGGAGGGUGGGAGGGAUGUCUGGGCGAGCCAUCCAGGGCAUCGGGGUCGGAGACGCAUCCA